UUUGACGUUUGAUACUUUUUGCCUCCAACAAGAGUUUCAACUAAAAAGUUUUGUUUUAAUUGUUUUAAAAGACAUGCGAAUUAUUUAUUAGUUUUCCUAAUUGUUAUCAAAAUUCAGUCAUGGAGUUUCUGGAAUAUUCGGAUAUAUCCGCCGAAAUUAAAGGAUGCAUGACAUCCGGCAAAUUGAAAAUGACCGAUCAAAAUAUAGUAUUCAAAAACAGCAAAAGCGGAAAAGUCCAGCAGAUUCCUUCGUCCGAUUUUGAUACUGUGAACUUUCAAAACUUCGCUGGUACUUGGGGUAUUCGAGUAUUUCUAAAGAACGGUACCCUGCACCGAUUCAUGGGCUUCAAGGAUUCCGAUAAAGAGAAAAUAGCGAAAUUCUUCACCAAUUCCUACAAAAUCGACAUGCUGGAAAGAGAAUUGAGCAUGAAAGGAUGGAAUUGGGGCACUGCUAAAUUUAACGGUUCCGUUCUUAGUUUCGAGGUUGAUUCUAAUAGUGCCUUUGAAAUACCGUUGAAUCACGUUUCUCAGUGUACUGGUGGCAAAAACGAAAUAACAAUGGAAUUUCAUCAGAAUGAUGACGCACCUGUUAGUUUGAUGGAAAUGAGAUUUUUCAUUCCAUCCAGCGAAUUAGCCGGAGAUGUCGAUCCAGUGGAUGCGUUUCAACAGAGAGUUAUGGAUAAAGCGAGCGUUAUUAAUAUUUCCGGAGAUGCUAUUGCUAUAUUCAGAGAAAUACAUUGCUUAACUCCGAGGGGUCGUUACGAUAUUAAAAUAUUUCAAACAUUCUUUCAACUUCAUGGUAAAACAUUCGAUUAUAAAAUUCCGAUGACUACAGUGUUGAGGCUCUUCUUGCUGCCUCAUAAGGACAAUAGGCAAAGGUUUUUCGUCGUCAGUUUGGACCCUCCGAUUAAACAAGGUCAAACCAGAUACCAUUUUCUGGUGUUCCUCUUUAACCAAGAUGAAACCUCCAUUGAACUCCCAUUUACAGAUGAAGAACUGAAAGACAAAUUUGACGGAAGAUUGAAGAAGGAACUAACCGGUCAAACUUACGAAGUUAUGAGUAACAUCAUGAAAAAUAUCAUAAAUAGGAAAUUGACCGAACCUGGCGCUUUUAUCGGUCAUUCCGGUACGCCAGCGAUAAGUUGUUCGUUCAAAGCGGCCGCCGGUCUGUUGUACCCGUUGGAAAGAGGCUUCAUUUACGUGCACAAACCGCCCGUCCACAUACGAUUCGAGGAAAUCGCUUCGGUGAAUUUCGCCCGAAGCGGCGGCAGUACCAGAUCCUUCGACUUCGAGGUCGAACUAAAAUCCGGCACGACUUACACUUUCAACAGCAUCGAGAAAGAAGAGUACGGGAAGCUCUUCGAUUUCAUCACGUCGAAGAAAUUGAACAUCAAAAACAGGGGUAAAAAUGAUAAAACCUCGCACAUCGAUGACUUUGGUGAUUCCGAUGACGAAGCAGCACCCGAUGCGUAUUUGGAGCGCGUCAAGGCCGAAGGUCAGGAAAGAGACGACGACGACGAUGAUGAUGAUGAAAGUACCGAUGAAGAUUUCAAACCGGGUCAAGACGAGAGCGAUGUGGCCGAGGAAUACGACAGUGAUCACAGCAGUUCCUCAGAAGACGAUGAAGAAGGAGGUGAAUCUAAGAAGAAAGAAAAGGAGAAGAAGAAAGCUAAGAAGGUUUCUGAGAAACCACGCAAGAAGCGGGAGAAGAAGGAGAAGAGCGAUGCACCCAAGAGGGCUGUGACAGCAUUCAUGCUGUGGUUGAACCACAACAGGGAGCGCAUCAAGGAGGAGAACAAGGGAAUUUCUGUAACCGAAAUCGCUAAGAAAGGUGGCGAGAUGUGGAGAGAACUGAAAGACAAAUCAGAAUGGGAAGAAAAAGCGAAGAAGGAUAAAGAACGGUACGAGAAGGACAUGGAGGAAUUCAAAGCCAAAGGUGGUUCCAUCGAGAAGAAGUCAUCGAAGAAGAAACCUUCGAAAGAAAAAUCGCGCGCGCCUUCUCCGAAACCCAAUGAGGAUAGAAUCAAGAGCAAAGAAUAUAUCGAGGAGUCCGAUUCGAGUUCCAGCGAGGACGAGAAGAAGAAGAAAAAGGCGGCUGCCAAACCGAAAGAAGAUAAGAAAAAAUCUGCCAAGGCAGAUCCAUCGGAUAAGUCUGAUCAAUCUGAGAAAUCGGAGGAGUCUGAUCAGUCCGAUAAAUCAGAUGAAGAUGAUGAUGAUGAGGAAAGGGGUGUCAAAAGAAAGAAAGAUAGCGAAGAGAGCGAUUAAGUUACAAUUUGAUCUGAUUUCUGUUUGCAAGUUCCAAUAUUUUUCUUUCACUGUAUAUGCUAAUUUUGCUAUUAAUGUUACAGGUAUUAAUUAAUUAGAGUUCGUUCUUUUAUA